GUUUAAACUUCCGUGUUAAAUAAAGUUUUAUAUACAAAAAAGUAGUAUAGGAAUAAUGAAUUGCAAGCUGUGCUUUUACAUUGUCGCAUUUUUAUUCUUUGAAAACUAUUCAUGCACAUUGGUGUAUAGAUAUAAUUCUACACAAUUAACAUGGGAUUCAGCAAGAGAUGAUUGCUUACAACGAGGUGGGGAUUUGGUAAAUGGUUCUUUUCAACAACAGCUUUAUAAUUGUACUUUUCCUCAAAAUACAAACUUUUGGGUUGGAACAUAUAAUGAAUUUUCACAGUGGAUACAGAUAAUGGGUUGUUCCCAGAUGGAUACGUCUGGCAUUGUAAACCAGUAUACUAGUGAUAGCCCACAUACGUGUGUUGAUAAUUGUAAUAAGUUCUUCGGAAUGAUGGAUAACAGUUGUUACUGUUUGCCUGAUAAUUAUUCAUGGGAGACAGAUCAAAGUCAAGUAAAUGAUUCAAUGUGCAACAAGACAUGUGGAGAGAAUAUGCAGGACUCUUGUGGUGGCAAUGAGUAUAUAACUGUGUAUAAGAGAGUGCCAAAUAGUAUAGUGCUUGACCGAAUUGAUGAGCCAGACAAAAAUUCUAUAAUGUGUGGGUGUAUGGAGUGUACCAACAACGGAUGGCUAUACUAUGGGUAUUCUUGUAACCAAUCACUACAGACGACUUGUAAUGACAAAAGUGAGAUAGAAGACAAUAGAAAUUGGAAUGAAGGCAAGGAAGCUUGCUGGUCCGAUCAUCAAUCAUUUCUCUUAGCUGGUACAAUCAACGAUUUACAAUGUGUCAAUACAACAAGUAGAGCCCCAAUGUGGAUAGGUCUUUACAGGCGGAAAAGAAUUCAAGUUGUGAAAGAGGAAAAGUCAUCUGUAUCUGCCGUUUCUUGUUUUCAUGGUAUGCUCACUGCUGGUGUUCUAAGUAUAGACAGCAACUUAAAUUGUACAGCUCAACUUCCAUUUAUAUGCGAAUUAGACACAGAAGACGUGUUGUCCUCCGAUUGCUACGUUUAUCCACCAGAGCAUGUAACAACAGAAUUAACAACAGUAGAAGAAGGAACAACACAAACAAAAUAUGUUGACUUAACAACGCCUGCAAGCGGAACAUCACAACCAAAGAAGUUAACUGAUGAUAAUGAUGACAUUAGCCCAGGCGCAGCUGUAGGUAUUGCGUUUGCAGUAGUUUUACCUACCCUUCUGGUCAUUGGUACUAUCAUCUGUCACGUGGCAUGUGGACAAAAGCCCACUGAAAGAAAGCCGGAGGAUAAAGUAGAACUUAGAAAGAAAGAGGAAUAUUAUAUUCGCCCUUCUAGCGAGAUGUCAGAAAUAAAUAUACGAUAUUCGUUGUUUGAACAAGAACCGGACAAUAAAGAAUCCGAUAGUGGUAUUGGAGAUAAUAGCAAUGCUUCUGUUUCGUAUGAAAAAUCACGAGAUGGUCACGUGUCGACAUUUAUUACAAUACCAAAAGUACAAGCACCAAAUGGUCCAGACAUAGAAGCAUCAAAUGGUCCCGACAAAGAUGUACCAAACGGUCCAGAAAUAGAAGCACCAAAUGUUCCAGACAUACCCGUAGUUAAUGUCUUAGUUAAUGACGAUGAUUUGGUUACUAAGUUAUAG